AUGAUUCAGACGGGCACCUUCCAAGCCGGAACUCUUGAGGUCAUAGAUCAUGAUGGGCAAUGCCUGAUAUGGUCUAACGAUAACUAUGGCUGCACGGGCUACUCUGCGGCUUUUGGCCAUCUCGAUGGAGUUGAUUGUUCGGAGCUCAGUGAAGUCGUCAAGGGCAAUCGCCAUGAAUUGAAUGUGCUCAAUAUCGACGUGAACCACACGGGCCUGGUCACUUUUACCAAUAAAAAUGGGAAUGAAGCUCCUGUGGGCAAAACAAAUUCGCCCUCCUACUCAUCCACCAGUAAACCACCCACUAGCACUCCAUCUACCAGCGCCCCAUCUAUCACCAUUACUGUCGCUUCUCUCAUUACCACUACCACUGCUAUUGUCUGUGUUACAGAGUAG